GUCCAUCCUGAGCGGCCUCUUCCCCCCCAGCGGGGGCUCUGCCUUCGUCCUGGGCCACGACGUCCAGUCCGCCAUGGCCGCUGUCCGGCCCCACCUGGGCAUCUGUCCACAACACAACGUGCUGUUCGACAUGCUGACCGUGGACGAGCACAUCUGGUUCUACGGGCGCCUGAAGGGUCUGAGCACGGCCGCGGUCGGCCCUGAGCAGGACCGGCUGCUGCAGGAUGUGGGGCUCGUGCCUAAGCGGCGUGUGCAGACACGCCACCUGUCUGGCGGGAUGCAGAGGAAGCUGUCGGUGGCCAUCGCCUUUGUGGGAGGCUCCCGUGUGGUUAUCCUGGACGAGCCCACGGCAGGCGUGGACCCUGCUUCCCGCCGUGGCAUUUGGGAGCUGCUGCUCAAAUACCGAGAAGGCCGCACACUGAUCCUCUCCACCCAUCACCUGGACGAGGCGGAGCUCCUGGGAGACCGGGUGGCGGUGGUGGCAGGUGGCCGCCUGCGCUGCUGUGGCUCUCCCAUCUUCCUGCGCCGCCACCUGGGCUCUGGCUACUACCUGACGCUGGCGAAGGGUCCCCAGACCUGCGGCGGGAAGCUGGUGCUGGUGCUGCCCUACGCGGGCGCCCUGGACGGCAGCUUCGCCGAGCUCUUCCGCGAGCUGGACGGGCGGCUGGCAGGGCUGGGGCUGGCCGGCUAUGGGAUCUCUGACACCAGCCUGGAGGAG